UCUCUGUUUCCUCUUCUCGUUCUGCCUCAUCCCUUCUCCGUGUCAUCGCUACAAAAUGCGUGCCAAAUCAUUGCCGAGCUUCACUCUUCUCCUCUCCAUCCUCGUGCUCUUGAUCAGCUUCUCGCGGCGGAUAAAACCAGCCGCAGCGGACGCGUCAGAGACGGGAGGGUGCGAGGUCAGCAGCCGCUGCGGAGAUGCUGUAGACAUUAGCGACCCCUUCUGGCUCAGUGGGGGUGGUGCAUUCUGUGGCGAUCCCGCUUUUGAAGUCGAGUGCACAGGUGGUCUCCCCAUUCUGGCGAACUCCUUGGGAGGAGGGUCGUACUUUAUCAAACAGAUCUUCCACCGUAACAAGUCAUUGUUGGUUGCCAACACCCAAUUCGCACGCAGCGACUGCCCGAUCCCCCACGACGAUUCCCAGUUAGGACUCCAUGAUCACGUCGACCAUCACUUCACGAUCAGCACCGCCAACAAAGUGCUCUUCUUGUUUCGUAACUGCUCGAAAAUCCCACCCGAGGAUCACGAAAGGAUACGGUGCGCUAAUGAUACUUUCGCUGAACUCGGUGAAAGCUAUGACUACCCAAAGCCGCCGAAUUGGUCGAGCGAGUGUGAGGUGGUCAAUGCACCGGUUUUCCCGUAUGGUGCAGAGGAAGAGAGUGGACGCACCAACUACGAGGAUCUCCUCAAGAACGGAUUUCUGGUGGAAUGGUGGUCGAACCCUGAAGGCUGUGAGGAAUGCAGAGAGAGCGACGGGAAGUGCGGGUCUCAUCACGAAACAGGGGACUUCGUCUGUCACUGCCCACGAGGAUGGGAUGAACCCAGCAGUUGCGGAAAACGACACAAAAAUAUGAACAAGCUUGUAAUAGGAAUUUGUGUAGGCGUAGGCUGCUUGGUCAUGGCAAGCUUCUGCUGCUUCUUUUAUUACCAUUGCAGCUGGAGGAGAAAACAGCAAACAUCAUUUCUGCUAUCGCGAAACGUCUCUUCCCAUCCAACUUCUGAGAGUGAUCUAGAAUUCGGCAGCGAACAAUACCAUACCCAAAUCUUCAUGUACGAAGAACUGGAGGGUGCCACGGAUGGCUUCAGUACCUCAAAUGUGCUCGGUGAUGGCGGAUUUGGCACUGUCUACAAAGGAAAGCUCCGUGAUGGUCGAACGGUGGCCAUCAAGCGAUUCUACAAGAACAACGACAGGCUCGUCGAGCAGUUCAUCAACGAGGUCUACAUCCUCUCUUCCAUCCGCCACCAGAACCUCGUCACCCUGUACGGCUGCACCUCCCGGAGCAGUCGCGAGCUCCUCCUCGUGUACGAGUACGUGCCCAACGGCACCGUCGCAGACCACCUCCAUGGCUGCCGUGCAUGCGAGGGGGCCCUCACGUGGCCCCUCCGGAUGAGCAUCGCCAUCGAGACAGCCGACGCACUCAGCUACCUCCACGCCAUCACGCCCCAAAUCAUCCACCGAGACGUCAAGACCACCAACAUCUUGCUCGACAGGAGCUUCCAUGUCAAGGUUGGGGACUUCGGGUUAUCCAGGCUUUUCCCGGUCAACGCCACCCACGUAUCCACCGCACCACAGGGCACGCCCGGCUACGUCGACCCCGACUACCACCAGUGCUACCAGCUCACCGACAAAAGUGAUGUGUACAGCUUCGGGGUGAUGCUGGUAGAGCUCAUAUCUUCCAAGCCUGCUGUGGACGUCAGUAGGCAGAGCCGUGACAUCAAUUUGGCCAACAUGGCCAUCGACAAGAUCCAAAAGCAAGAACUGGAUCAGCUGGUCGAUCCAAAGCUCUGGUUUCGGUCGGACUGCAACAUAAGGACGAUGAUCGAGCGGGUGGCUGGAGUAGCGUUCAGGUGCUUGCAAGCGGAGAAGGAGAUGAGGCCUCCCAUCAAAGAGGUUCUCGAGGUACUGAAAGGGAUAGAGGAUGAGGGACGCAACGGCGCGAAGGGUGUGGAAGCUGAUGCUACGGUAAAUGACGAAGAUUGCUUGCUGAGGAAGAAGUCGCCGCCACAUUCGCCAGACUCUGUUGCAACACGGUGGGAAAGCAAGUCGACGACACCAAACUAUAGUGCUUGAUGAGGAUUUCCAGGGGAGAUCGAUGUUUACGUGUGCUAUUAAUGGGUUGCCGGUCGGCUGAACCGCCGGCUUCUCAGAAACCAA